GUGAGUUGUAUUUUCUUCCUCGAUUCACCCAUCCUGCACUUCACUUCCGGCAUUGAAGACCGGGCUUCAAAUUGCGAUAUCUUCGCCAUGGAUAAAACAUUGUCCUCGACUACGCUAUGGCAGAAUCGAAAAUGUCUCCUUCUCUGCUGUCUUGUUUCCAUGGCGAAUAUGCAAUAUGGAUUUGACCUUGCCGCGGUGGGAUCGUUGCAAGCGAUGCCUGGGUUUCUCAAGGUGUUCGGAUACCCAUCGCCAGAUAGUAACACCGGAUACGCGAUUGAUCGUGCGGUAUCCAAAUCGGAACUUCUUCCCGGGGGGGUUUUAUAUCUAGGUCGCCUACUGCUGGGCUUCGCCAAUGGCUUUCUUGUGACUUUCUCUAAUAUUUACACUGCAGAGGCAGCACCAGCGCACAUGCGCGGAGUGAUGGUCGCGUUGUUCGCUUAUUGGGUGAAUAUCGGGAGUAUCAUGGGUUCUGUCGUGGAUAAUAAGACCAAAGAACGGAUGGAUCCGUUAUCAUACAGAAUCCCUUUGGCUUGUCUUUAUGUUGUUCCGGCACUUCUCUUCGUGGCUCUAUUUUUUGUUCCGGAAAGUCCGCGCUGGCUACUUCAUCGGGGCAAAGAGGAAGCUGCGAGAAAGGCGUUGGAGCAGCUUCGAGGAUCGAGCUAUGCGAAGCUCCUUGCCACAGCCGGAGGAGAUGACAUUGGGGAUGAGAAUGGGAGUGUUGGAAGCACGACUGUUAUUCCGUCUUUACUGGAGGUUGAGUGGGCGGAAAUGGUCAAGGGUGUUGAAGAGGAGAAGCGCACGCAAGGAGAUGUCGCUGCGCUGGAUAUGUUCCGAGGUGUCGAACUUCGCCGUACAAUCCUCUGCUACUGCAUGAUCGGCUGUCAGACAGCCUCGGGCGUCUGGUUUCUCAUCGGCUACCAAACAUACUUUUUCACCGUAUGCGGUAUUGCAAAAGCAUUUGAGUUCUCCAUCAUGAAUACCUGCUUCGGCUUUUUGGGCGUUAAUAUCGGAAUGUACGCCAUCCGGGAAUGGCUCGGGCGUCGCUCAAUACUCAUGCUUGGCGCCAUCGCCUGCGGACUUUGCCAACUAGCCAGUGCGAUCGCGGCGUCCGUGAGUCCCAACUCCUUGCAGACAGGCCAGACGCUUGUGGCGUUCACAGCAUUGUUCAUGUUCUUCUAUAACGGUUGUGUUGGGGCAGCGAGCUACCCCGUUGCGACGGAAUUGGUGAGUUCGAGGUUGCGAGCUUGGACGGUUGGCACUGCUACCUCGCUGGGGUAUUUACUCGCCUGGCUGGUGAAUUUCUGUACGCCUUAUUUUAUUAAUCCGGAGCAUCUGAAUUGGGGGGCCCGAUAUGGAUACAUCUGGACAGCGUCCAACUUCCUUUGCGUGGUGUUUUUCUAUUUCUUCAUGCCGGAGAUGAAAGGCCGGUCUUUAGAGGAGCUGGAUGAGAUUUUUGCGGCUCGAGUUCCGGCUCGCAAGUUUGAGUCAUAUCAGUGUUUGAUUCGGGAGGCGGCUCACUUAGAUGCAGUAAACGCGAAGACUGGAAAGAAGGACCAACACUAG